CCCUGCAGCCCCCCAGCUGGGCAGGGCUCUCCAUGAAGCUGGUGCUGAAGAUGGAUUCGAGCCCAGACAAUGACAGCUGGUUGGAGGAUCAGUGGGAGCGCUGGCUCACCCAUGACAUCAGCUUGGAGGAGUUUGAGGAUGAAGAUCUCUCAGAGAUCACCGAGGAGUGUGGCAUCAGCCUGCAGUGCAAAGAUACUCUGUCCUUGCGGCCCCCGCGCGCCGGGCUGCUGUCUGGGGGCGGCGGCGGCGCGGGGAGCCGAUUGCAGGCCGAGAUGCUGCAGAUGGACCUGAUCGACGCGGCGGGGGAUACUCCCGGCGCCGAGGACGACGACGACGACGAGGAGGAGCGCGCGGCGCGGCGGCCGGGAGCGGGGCCGCCAGAGGCCGAGCCCCGCCAGGAGCCGGCGCCCCGCGGCCAGGGCCAAGGCCAGGGCCAGGGCGGCGGGGACACUUAUCGACCCAAGCGGCCCACCACGCUCAACCUCUUCCCGCAGGUGCCGCGGUCUCAGGACACAUUGAAUAAUAAUUCUCUGGGCAAGAAGCACAGUUGGCAGGAUCGGGUGUCUCGGUCAUCCUCACCCCUGAAGACUGGGGAGCAGACGCCGCCACAUGAGCACAUCUGCCUGAGCGAUGAGCUGCCACCCCCGAGCAGCCCCACGGCCACCAAGGACCGAGGCACCUCCACUGACAGCCCUUGCCGCCGCAGCACCGCCACACAGAUGGCCCCUCCCGGCGGCCCCACCGCUGCCCCACCGAGCAGCCGGGGCCACUCGCAUCGAGACCGCAUCCACUACCAGGCCGACGUGCGGCUAGAGGCCACCGAGGAGAUCUACCUGACGCCGGUGCAAAGGCCACCGGACCCCCCGGAGCCCAGUUCUGCCUUCCUGCCCCCUGCAGAGAGCCGGAUGUCUGUCAGCUCCGAUCCAGACCCUGCCGCCUACCCCUCUGCGGCGGGCCGGCCGCACCCCUCCAUCAGCGAGGAGGACGAGGGCUUCGACUGCUUGUCGUCCCCGGAGCGGCCCGAGCUGCAGGGUGGAGGCUGGCGGGGCAGUCUCGGGGAGCCGCCGCCGCCCCCACGGGCCUCGCUGAGCUCGGACACCAGCGCGCUGUCCUACGACUCGGUGAAGUACACCCUGGUGGUGGACGAACACGCGCAGCUGGAGCUGGUGAGCCUGCGGCCGUGCUUCGGGGACUACAGCGAUGAGAGCGACUCGGCCACCGUCUACGACAACUGCGCCUCCGCCUCCUCGCCCUACGAGUCGGCCAUCGGGGAGGAGUACGAGGAGGCCCCCCGGCCGCGGCCCCCUGUUUGCCUCUCCGAGGACUCCACGCCAGACGAGCCCGACGUCCACUUUUCCAAGAAGUUCCUGAACGUCUUCAUGAGCGGCCGCUCACGCUCCUCCAGUGCCGAGUCCUUCGGGCUCUUCUCCUGUGUCAUCAACGGGGAGGAGCAGGAGCAGACGCACCGGGCCAUAUUCAGGUUUGUGCCUCGACACGAGGACGAGCUGGAGCUGGAGGUGGAUGACCCUUUGCUGGUGGAGCUGCAGGCCGAGGACUACUGGUAUGAGGCCUACAACAUGCGCACGGGCGCCCGGGGUGUCUUCCCCGCCUACUACGCCAUCGAGGUCACCAAGGAACCCGAGCACAUGGCAGCCCUGACCAAAAACAGCGACUGGGUGGACCAGUUCCGGGUGAAGUUCCUGGGCUCCGUCCAGGUUCCCUACCACAAGGGCAAUGACGUGCUCUGUGCUGCUAUGCAAAAGAUCGCCACCACCCGCCGGCUCACCGUGCACUUUAACCCGCCGUCCAGCUGCGUCCUGGAGAUCAGCGUGCGGGGCGUGAAGAUCGGCGUCAAGGCUGAUGAUUCCCAGGAGGCCAAGGGGAAUAAAUGUAGCCACUUUUUCCAGUUAAAAAACAUCUCUUUCUGUGGAUACCAUCCAAAGAACAACAAGUACUUUGGGUUCAUCACCAAGCACCCUGCUGACCACCGGUUUGCCUGCCACGUCUUUGUGUCUGAGGAAUCCACCAAAGCCCUGGCAGAGUCCGUGGGGAGAGCGUUCCAGCAGUUCUACAAGCAGUUCGUGGAGUACACCUGCCCCACGGAAGACAUCUACCUGGAGUAGCUGCGUGGCCCCGCUCUCUCCACCCCCGGGGCCUGCGCCGGAACAGUCGGCUGCCAACAGGACGCAGCACGCUAGCAGAGGGGCACCCGUCACCCCCAGAGGACGGGGAAGUCGGGGCCUCUGGCCAAGGGUGGGGGAGGGCGGGGUUUCGGGGAGAGGCAAAUGCAGUUUAUUGUAAUAUAUGGGACUAGAUUCAUCUAUGGAGGACAAAGCAGGCUGCCCAGGGAUUGGGAGGGGGCGGGCCUGGGGGAGGGGGUAGCGUCAGGCCUCUGACCGGGAAGGAUGCCCAUCGUAGGAGCGGAGGGCUUCGGCCCAUCCUGGGCAUCACUUCCUCUGCCAGGGCCUCUGGCUCUCCGGCUGUGGCUCCUGCUUUGACAAAGCCCAUGCCACUUGCCAGCAUUCCCUCCCCCUCAUCCCCAACUCCCAACCCCAACUGAAGGCCCUGAGCUCAUGCUGAGCCCAGCCACCUCCCAAGGACUUUGCAGCAGGUGGGGGGGUGCAGUCCCUGUUCCUGGCUCUGUCACCUGGGUGGCCUCUGGGUGGCCGUCACGCUGGCCACUGGCACGUGUGGGGGCCUCACCAGGGAAGGAGAGCGCUGCGGCAGGGCCCCAACCCGGCAGGAAAAGGCGGCUCCCGGAUUGGCCCGGGCCAGCCAGGGCCUCUCAGCUGCCUCGGCUGUAGCCCCAGCUUGGACCUGUCAUCCUGGCCACAACUAUUAAAGUGCCAUUUCCUGUC